AUGUCUGCCAGCAGCCAGUCUCAACAUGACCAGCCAGGAGGGUUGGAUCUAUCCUUGUUGUUACCAAGCAACCUACUCUAUACCCAAGAGUCAAUACCAAAAUAUCGACCUGGAGGCUACCACCCCGUGACCCUUGGCGACACUUUCAAGAACGAGCGCUACAAAGUUUACCACAAGCUAGGAUGGGGUGGGCAUUCCACAGUUUGGCUCGUGAAAGACAACCAACUCGAUCGUUGGGCCUCUCUCAAAAUCCUGACUGCAGAUGCACCAGUUUCUCGAGAGUUGCAGAAUUUGAAACUCUUACAAAGUCAAGGCGGGCUUGGUUCGAAUUUUCUCGUCGAGCUAUUGGAUGAAUUUACCCAUAGCGGGCCCAAUGGAGUUCACCAAUGUCUUGUAUUCGAACUGCUGGGACCUUCAGUACAAAUCGUCCUUGCGGACUACAAAACUGACCAAGAGAGGCUCGAACCAGAAUCUGUGUUUCAAUUCUCUAUACAGCUUUUGAAGGCUGUUAAGUUUCUUCACAGCGUCGGCAUGUGCCACGGUGAUAUCAGUGGACGGAAUAUUGCAUUUACGUGUGCUAAACUAGCCCAAGCAACCGAAGAGGAGCUUUUCGAGGUCCUGGGAUCCCCCGAGGUUGAACCACUGGCUCGGAUUGAUGGCACGCCUCUAGGAAGUGGGUUGCCGACCGAACUUGUCCAGGCUACGGAGUGGGUUGAUUGGGUGGAUGAGGAUGAAGAAGACAUUCGGCUUCUUGACUUCGGGGAGAGCUUUUUACACGGAAAAGAGCCUGCGAAGCUAGCUCAACCCGGGUCGCUGAGGGUACCAGAGACGAUUUUCACUGAUUAUUUUGAUUACCGUGUCGACUUAUGGCGGGCAGGGUCCAUGAUUUACUCAUUUAUCUUCGCAUCGUGGCCGUUUUGGUACCUGGGCGAAGAUGAGGUUUUGAUCUUCCAGAUGAUUGGGUUUUUGGGAAGCUUGCCAACUGAAUGGGAGUCUCAGUGGGCAUCAAUGCUUGAUAAAUCCAGCCAUGACUUGAAAAAAUACGAAGAUCACGGAACGUCGACGCUUGAACAAAAGUUCGCUGGGGUGGAUUCGGCGUUCGAGCCUCUGCGUUGCGUUAUUCAAGGAUUGAUGCGUUUUCUACCCUCCGAUAGACUCACUGCAGAGCAGGCGCUUGAUUUGAUUGUCGAUUCUUGA